AUGUCAAUAAUCAAAUACACUGCCAAACUUCCAUCACCUUAUCCUCUCUCCGAAGUCAGCAAUCAAUUAUUUUCACUCACAAGAAAUAAUCAAACUUUCAAUUUUCGAAUUGAUAUUUAUUCAAUUUCUUCCCAAUCUCUAACAAGAUCCUUUGCAACCAAGGGAGUUUUUCUAAGAGAAUCGGCAACAAUCUUCCUAUUAGAAAAUAAUGAUGAGCAAAGAAUGGUUGCUCAAUAUUGUCAUGGCUAUGGACCUUGUUCAAAUAUGAGCUCAUUCUAUGGAUAUAUUGUUGGACAAUCAGGAGGAGAACAAGAUGAUAAUAGUUUUGAACAUGACAUGUUUGCUAAUUUUACAAAAGCAAUUCAAAAACACUUUGAAUUGAAUUGGAAACAAAACUAA